AUGAAGCUCAACAUUUCCUACCCGGCCAACGGCUCGCAGAAGCUGAUCGAGAUCGAAGAUGAGCGCAAGCUCCGCGUUUUCAUGGACCGCCGCAUGGGUCAGGAGGUUCCCGGCGACAGCGUUGGCGACGAGUUCAAGGGCUACGUCUUCCGCAUCACCGGCGGCAACGACAAGCAGGGUUUCCCGAUGAAGCAGGGUGUCAUGCACCCCACCCGUGUCCGUCUCCUGCUCUCCGACGGCCACUCCUGCUACCGCCCCCGCCGCACUGGUGAGCGCAAGAGGAAGUCCGUCCGCGGCUGCAUUGUCGCCAUGGACCUUUCCGUCCUCGCUCUCUCCAUCGUCAAGCAGGGCGAGAACGACAUCCCCGGCCUGACCGACACCGUCCACCCCAAGCGUCUCGGCCCCAAGCGCGCCACCAAGAUCCGCCGCAUGUUUGGUCUCAGCAAGGAAGACGAUGUCCGCAAGUUCGUCAUCCGCCGCGAGGUCCAGCCCAAGGGCGAGGGCAAGAAGCCCUACACCAAGGCUCCCAGGAUCCAGCGUCUGGUUACUCCUCAGCGCCUCCAGCACAAGCGCCACAGGAUCGCCCUCAAGCGCCGCAACGCCGAGCGCCAGCGCGAUGCUGCCUCCGAGUACGCCAAGCUCCUCCACCAGCGUGUUGUCGAGGGCAAGGCCGCCCACGACGAGGCCAAGAAGAGGAGGGCUUCUUCCAUGCGCAAGUAA